AUGUCACUCGAGGAGAUUGUGUCUAGCCGCUCUGAGUUGUUCCACGGAAAGGCUUAUGAUGCCCUUACUGAAGAGGAAAAAAAGACGGCAGAACAUAUCAGACGCGAGUAUAAAAGACUCAAUGAUUAUUCCUACUCAGUAGGUGUUCUAUGCCGUAAGUAUAUAAACGAGUACGAGACUAGUAUUAAGGUAGAUACUUUUCAGCUUGUUGAUCCCGAUUCGGCUAAUGAGAACGAUGACGAGCCUAUAUCAGAGCUUAAAGGAAAGAGAUAUAUUGAUUUCCGUACUGUCGAUAUUGCUGAUACUGUUACAGAGAAGGCUAAGAAUAUUCUGAAGAAACUCUUCCAGACGAAUGGAAAUGGAGAAAAGGUGCUGGACGAUCUUGGGUUUGAAGUCAGGAUUGACUCCAGACAGGCACUUAACAAGCUUGUUCAGAUAUGCUGGACCUCUACUCCGAUGUCUUUCAUCAAGGACAUUGAAGUAGCUUCUGCAAGUUUUCCUUGGAUGGGUACACUUGUUGGACUCAUGGAGCAAGAUGAGGUAACGGCAGCGGCGAUGUAUGCCUCUGUUGUCAAGGCUCAGAAUACUUACGAGUAUAUUAUUCUUGAUAAGGGAUAUUACAAGACUAAAAUACUUAAUACCAAGGCUGCUCAUAAUGCUAUCCUCAGGGAGCUUAUGUGCAAUUUCGGAGCGAACGUUCUUGACGAAGAGUAUUCGAUAUAUGACAGAAGCGGUAAGCGGACUACUAAUAGUGUAGCAGCAAAAGAGAGAGUAAACCAACUCCUCAACAGAGAAGGUAAUACUACUUCCAUAGCAGAUGCUAUUGAUACCUCAAUACCUGGAGAUAUAACAGAUGAGAAGUAUGCUCCGAAAGUAUCGGGAGCUCGUGAAGAUGGCACUGUAGAGUACUCUCCUCUUUUGGCAAAGUCCGGACUUGCUGGAAUGCAGUGGUUCCUCGAUAAUAAUGAGGCUGAAAUUAAUGCUCUUGUAAAGCUUGCAGCUGGUAUAGGCCUGGACAUUACAGGAGAACAGAUUCGUAGAGCUGCGAUGAUUCCUUUCAACGAGAAGGAGAGGAAGUACUUCAAGAAAGGCUCGAUGCUCUCUAGGGCUAAGAAUCGUUAUGCUAUUAUCUAUAGCACUAUAACUAACCUAUACUCUAACCUUGCAGCUUACUCUGCUAAUGACACUGCAAAAGCUUUCCUUAAGUAUUCGGAUUCACUCGAAAGUCUUCAGCACGCUCUUUGUCUUGCCGUGUAUGAUGAUCUGGACAGUAAAGGCAGAGACGGUAGCAAGACCCUUCAAACCUAUACAGUACUCUGCGUUGAUACCACUGCUUUGAUCAGGCUUCGAAAUGACCGAAUGAAAUCUGAUGCAGACUUCCUGAAAGAACUGGAGAACAACUAUCUUAAAUAUGAGGGCUUCACUCACGAAGGUGAGGCUACUGGCUUCCUGAAGUAUAUUAUUGGUGAAGGAGUGUCUCCUAUCAAUCCUAGGUCCAUUACUAAUAGGGCUCAGAGAUUUAGAAGGAACGAUGUAAGUAGCUUCAACCAUGUAGAUUUUGCUGAGAUGAGCAAACAGCAGGUAGCUAAUACUCAGUUCAUUCUCUGGAGAUCCAAUGGGUAUGAGGAGCCACAGUUUAUCGUGCCGGUACUUGCUGACUAUACUGUAUGCUAUUCUCUCAGUGUUCCUAAGGAAGCACUUCCUGAUAUAAAGAGAAAUAUAAAGGAGGAUAAUGACAAGACAUCACUCCUUAUAUCAGGAGAUCCUGCAAAAGGCGAUGCAGUAUUCAACACAAAAGCCCCUAUAGUUCAGGCUAUGCUUGAUGAGGUCCUGUGUGAAUACGACAGAAUCCGUGCUAUUGAAGACCGAAUGAAAAAAGAAGGUCGAGUAGAGCUGGAGACUUACGAAAAAGAAGGAAGGCAGUUCCAGAUAUUCCCGGAAAUGAAUACUCCUGGAUUCCGUGAGAAGUAUGAGGAGUUGUGUCGCAAGAGUCCUGUAGAUGGUCUCAAGUAUAUGGAACGUGCCGUCUCAAAGUGUCUUUAUAACAAUUACCUUAAUGACUUGCGUAUCUAUCAGGAGGUAGGUGCUUUUGCUAGUCCCGAGUUCAAAAAGAAUGUUACGGUUGACGCUAAUGGAAGGCUGCAGAGUAUGAAGCCUGAGUUUGCUACUGAGUUUGAGAGAUUCAGUAUGCAGACUUUCUAUGCUCGUCAGCAGAUGGUUAAGCUUUUCUUUAUCGAUAAAUCUCAUUUCGACGGACUCUUGGAUUUCGAGAAGCGUGCUAUGAUGUUGCACGCUCCUGCUACACCGCUAUAUUUCCGUAACGAGGAAGAUGCAUAUCAGAACGUGAUGUAUCUCAAGGAUUACGAGGCUAAAAAGUCUGUCAAUAUUGAACAGUAUAAAGAGAUGCUCAAGGCUCUCGUAGCGGAGAAGAAGAUGUCUCGGGAAAUGGCAGACAUUGCUCUUAAGGACUUUGAAAAGAUCAAGUCUACUGAUGGUCAGGGAUUACGAACACUUGCUUCCUGGAGGAAGAUUCGUCGUGCUCUUGGAAAGUGGACUGAUGUUCAGGAGAACGCAUAUAAGGCAAUCAACGAGGGACACUUCUCUCAGUCAUUAAUUGAAGACCUUGGACUGUCAGCUGAGAAAUACAGAUAUGCCGGAUAUCAGGAGAUAGAUGCUACACAGACUGGAACAAAAGGAAUUGAGCAGAAAGCAGUAAAGGUUCCUGUUCUUCAUAAAUACUCGGAGCAGGUACUGCUUCCUUGGCAUAAGCUUACAGGACUUACAGCUAUGGAGAGAGAGAACAUACCUAUGAUGGCCCUCUCUCGUGUAGUGGAAGUUAUGGAGAACCUGUAUCCUGAUAAGACUCCUGAUUUGUUCUUGUUCCAUUCAGGAUGUAAAGUAGGAGCACAUGAUGUCGUUGACCCUUGGAAACAGAAAGAGGGGUCUUCGAAACCUCUUACUGAUAAGGAUAUCAGGAACAAUAUUCUAUCCGCAGUUGCUACAUCACCUAAUGCAGUGCAGAGGCUUCAUUUGGGAGGAUUGGGGGAAGCAGCAAUCAUCGAUGCAGAGACUACUGAUACUUACAUCCAUAUUACAUCUCAGGCAGAGAAGAUGGCUUAUGGAAACACCUCUCCAGAAGAUAUGGUAUACGUUCCUCGUCUUGGGCAGGUGAAUGCAGUGGAAGCUCGUAGGCUUUAUGAUGAUAUUUCAUCUGCCACCGUAGUUGAGGAUUGGCAAGCACUAUGUGAUGAGAUUGGCGACGCUGUAAAAGCACGGCGUAUUCUUCUUAAGGAGAUGAGUAAUAUGCCUUAUGUCUCAGACGAGACAAGGAUUGCUCUUACCAAGGUGAAGGAUUAUAAUAAUGAAAUUCCUCUCUUCUCUCCUCAGGUACAGCAUGAAGCACAAGCAAUCAUCCUGUCAAUUAUCAAGAAGAGGAUGACCAAGCAUAAGGGCCCUGGUGCCCGUCUUGUUCAGAGAACAUCCAUCGGCUGGGAUGCAGGAGAGACUAAUCUUGCCAAGCUCGGUCAAUUCUCAGAAAAGGAAGGUGGUAGCCUGAAAAUUAAUUUCGAAGGAGAAGGAGCUAAUAAGAGGAUGGCUUCUGUGGAUGGUUACGUUCCCCUUACCGAUAGCAGAUUGAAAAUCUUUGCGGAUAAGAAUGGUGAGAUAACCCCGAAACGGCUUCGUCAGCUUGUGAAGGACGGCACUAUUCCCGAAUCCUAUCUGUAUGCAGUAGGCUACCGUACGCCUUCCGACGCUGAGCACUCACUCAUACCUAUCAAGAUAAAGGGUUUCCUGUCUCCUCUGAGUGGACGUAAUGCUAUUCUCCCUAUGGAUAUCAUGAAACUCACGGGUCAUGACUACGACGGUGAUGAGAUGCCUAUACACUACAAAUAUUUCGAUCUUGAAUUGAAUGAGGAGAAACUUCGUAAUUACUUCGACAAUCUUAUCCUUAACAAAACAAAAAGAGGAUACGAGCUUAGUGAGGACGACUUGUAUCUUUUGUCCAAAGGAAAAGUGGACGAAGCUUUCGAAACCUUCAAGAAGGCCGUAGAUAAGAAUAAGGAGUAUUACAGCGAAUACUAUAAGGUUGUUCCUGUAGAGUAUGAUUAUUCCAAGUCCGCACUGGAGAACACUGAGGAGGCUAGGCAUAAUGCGAAGGUAGAACUCUUAUAUGCACAGCUUUCUUCUCCUGCCGGCUCUCGUAGAAUAAUUAUUCCUGGAGGAUGUGAGGAGACCAAGCGAGUGAUCAAGGGUAUUCAGCUUCUGAGAAUUGCUCAAAAUAAUGCUGCACUACGUAAGAAAAUAACUGACCAUUACGGAGAGCCCGAGACUACGGAUAUAGCAAAGCUCUAUAAUAUGAUUCGUGGAAAGUUCGUCCCCAAGGGUAAGAGCUGGAAGCCGCUUGAUUCAGGAGUGAUAGCCGACCUAAUUAGGGAGUAUCAGCCUAAGGUAUCUCCUUUCUCCGCCGGUCAUGAGGUAGAGUCAUUCGGAUAUAUGAUUGAGUCUUCCGAGAUGAUCGGUAUCUUCGCCAUGUACCUGUCAUCUUUCCAGAUGAUGCAGAAGACUAAAGCUUUUCUCAAGCCUUUUACCGUGCAGACGAAGGAUGGAGAUACAGUAGAGGUUCCCUUCAUACUGUUCGAUCAUGAUUUCAGUAAUAGAAACCUUUUCCAGAUUCAGGAUAUAACAAGUGCAGAUAUGGCAUCAAGAGUUCUCUCAAGGCUCAUCAAUGCCGCCGUGGAUAAUGGUAAGGACCCUCUCCUUGGGUAUGCCAAUAUCACCUCAGAAGUAGCUCCUGUAGUAGCACUGAUGUGUGCUCUUGGAAUGACUGAGGACCAGAUCUAUCUUAUGCUUGCUCAGCCAGCAAUAAAGGAAGCACUCAAGGUAUGUGCUGUACAGCAUGUGUCUUUCUCAGAGGCAUUGGCAACUGUCAAGGCAAAUAUCAAGGGGCUUCAUGGAGAAGCAUUACUGUAUUACGGAUUUAAGAGAGCAACUGAAGACUUAGGGAAAACACUUGAACCUGAGUAUGCUCAGAAUAUGCUGGUAGAUUGGAACUCUCUUGCUACCGACCAGGCAGCGGCUGCUUUCCAGGUUAAUGUACUUUCUAUCAUCCAGAAGCUCAACGGUCCUGCUUCAGACUUGCAAUCAUUCAUCACUUCUAUCAUUCGUCCUGAGUCUUCUUCAGGCGGAGUCGCUUCAUCAAUUGGAAAUACUCAGAUUAAGAUUUUCUCAGCAGAGGAAGUUCGUGAGAAGAUUGCUAAUGGAUCUUUCAGGAUUGGUGGCCUUGAAGAGUUUGCAAAGCCUAUUGAUUUCGAGGAUGGUGAAAAGUCAGAAGUGAUUAUAGAAAGGUCCAAUAAAUCUUCUAUCCCUCAGUAUGCUCUUAUGGAAGCUCUUGAGGUUCAAGCUUCGAUGUUCUUCAUGCAGCGUUGGUUUCCUCAGGCUAGGAAAUCCUGGAUGAAAGUGCUCAAUGAGAUAUACAAUAUGUAUGAUUUGAAGAGUAGAAAGAAUAAGGGAUUACUUGACCAUAUAGCUAAGGACAUGAUCCUUUUUCAGAUAUUUUCUACUACAGAGUACAAGGAGAAUUUCAAGGAACAGCAGGAGCAUAUCCUUUCUGAAUUACCGAAGGCUCUUUUAGAUCUCAAACUUAAGGUAUCCAGAAACAGUAAAAAUAAUACACUUAAGAAAAAAGCUAUCAAGGAACUUGCAGCUAUUGAGAGAAGAAGAAAGGAAACCGGCGUAGCUGGGGCUAGUGCAGAAGAGAUAGCAAAGUACAAACAAGAGGCACAGCUGGAAAUAGACAAUCAGUUACUUGAUCUUGCAAAGAACGCCUUCUUCAAGAAAUUGACAGUAUAUUACCCAGAAGAUGAAAGAUCUAAGCCUAGGAUUGCAUUUGUUACUGGAGGCCUAGAUGCCUCGAAGAUGUCCGAUAUGUUCCGUACUCAGGAACUCCUUGAGUAUGGACUGUUUACCAACGGUUUUGCUUUUGGAUCACGAGAGUUUGCACAUCUUGCCUCUUACUUUCUCAUCCGUACCGCAAAAGAAGGUAAGGUACUUAGUGCUCUGAAUCAGGUUGCUAAAGCUGACUACAGAGAUUCUACAAGUGUAAGCAGGCUCAUUGACCAGUAUGUUAUGAAUCAUUGGUACGAUGAUGGUCUUGUUCCAAGAUUUGACUCCAAAAGAUUCGGUGCGGACUUGGCUAUGGCAAUGGGAACAAAGUUCAAUCCUAAUUUGAAAACUUAUCUGGUUCCAGAGCAGUUUAUACCAGGAAGGUUCUAUCUCAUAAAACAGGAGGACGGGGAGUACGAGCUUAUGAAGUAUGUCGGAAUCAACGAUCAGACCCUACCGUUCAUCAAACAUGAGAAGCUUGGUACACGUACAAGAAGUGGUCAGGUUACUGUAGAGUAUAACCCAGGACUUGAUGGAAAAGACAUGACUCCUUUUCAGGUAGGUUUCGAGUCUGUAUGGGGAGACUUUGGUGUUGCUGAUAGCACUGACAGUAAUGCUAACUUCGAUGCUCCUCAGGAUUAUGAUACAUCGGCGUCGCAAAGUCUUACAGUAGCAGAUAUGCCUACUGCUCGAAAGGAGCUUAGGCAUCUCGAGAAUGCAGCCUUACUGAUGAAAAGCCUUGGAGCUGCCCCUACCUCAGACCAGAUGUCAGUCGCUCGUCUUGAGGUACUCAAGAAAGCUCAUGAGAAUGCUGAGAAGAAUAAGAAGGAGAUUGAAGAAUACCAGAAAGCUAUGGAGGAGUCUCUUACACAGUAUGAAAGCGGCAACUUUGGAAGCACUGCAACACGGGAAUAUUAUACAGGACAGAUUACUCCUAAAAGCAAUGUAAUAAUGGUGUUCGGAAGCAAUCCUGAAGGUAGGCACGGUGCAGGAGCUGCGAAGGUAGCCAGAGAGCAAUUCGGAGCAGAAUAUGGGGUAGGAGAAGGCCUGACUGGAAAUGCUUAUGCUCUUCCGACAAAGGAUCUUCGAGUAAAGGAGAAUAACUCUCUUCGUUCAAUUCCUGAGGAAGAAAUCAUCAAGUCUAUUCAGAAGCUGUAUACUACUGCUGAGGAGAAUCCUACCAAGAAGUUUAUGGUAGCUUAUCGCAAUACGGAUAAAGCUUCUCUUAAUGGGUAUACCGGCAUAGAAAUGAUUGAAAUGUUCAAGGCUGCUGGUGCAAUUCCUGAAAAUAUUAUCUUCAGCGAGGAGUGGAUAAAGACAGGGCUAUUUACUGAGGCUGCUCCUAAUCCUGUAGAACCUGCGAGCAGAACUAUUGUUCAAGCAGAUGCAGAGCCAAUGGAUCCAGAAGAUGAUAUGGCAUACGUAGCAAAACUGAAGGGUAAGUCUAUAGGAGAUAGUGCUCAGGCAGCAAGUUUCUUCGGAGGACAGAUGCUCUCUAUCACUCGUAUGAGAGAAGACGAUAAUGGUAAUCCCACAGUAGUGACUGAAAGAGUCCCUGCUACACCUAACAAUGUCCGUGAGGCACGUAGACAACAGGCAUACGCAGACCUCAACGAAAGACUUCGUUAUAUUCUUCAGAGAGUUGGAGUGGGAGUAGGCAAGCUCUCAGCUGAUGAUAUAAUAGCCUACGCAGAGAACAGUCUUUCUGUACAUGGUAUCACUGAUUUCGACACAGCAAAGGUACUUGCUAACGGACUUCUCGAAAUGGUCAAGAUAUCUGAAGGAGCACAAGGUGAAGCAGCACUCCCUGAGGAGUUCGCUCACGUAGCUAUUGCGAUGCUUGGUUAUGAGAAUCCUCUUGUCAGGAGGCUUAUCGACGCUCUCUCCAACGACGAGGAAGCACUGCGUCAGGCUUUUGAUGGGGAGUAUGACUUGUAUGAGACCAUCUACGAGAAGCAGGGAGGGGACUGGAGAACCAAGAUUGUUGAGGAGGCAGCCGGUAAACUCGUAGCAAAACAGUUGCUCUAUAAUGCUGAGCCGAAGAGUAAGUUCCGUCAGCUCAUAAGCCGAGUUGUUGAGGCUAUCAAGGGUCUCUUCCGCAGGAUUACCAGAAGAAGCCUCGAGGAUGCAAUAUUCGAGAGUGAGCAGAUAUCUUCCAAGCUCGCAAAGGAUCUCCUUUCUGGAAGGCUUCUUGAUCAGAUGAGUCUCGAUAAUGUCAGUCAGAGUGGUGAGUUCUACAAGGCUGUAAAGGAUAUCUCUGAUGCCAAGGGAAUCAUCGAGGAACUUAUCAAGAUCGAGACCAAGCGUGCACAGAUUUAUCAGAAGCGUCUCGGGUAUAACCAGAAGAAGCUGAGAGAGUCCGAGAGCAACACGGCUACCCUGUCAAACCUCAGGAAUCUUAAGAGGGCCCUGAAGAACGAUAAGACUGAGGAGGCUGUAUUGAAGUAUCUUGAGAGCACACUGGACUUCCUUCAGAGAACAGAGAUUACUCUGGACUCCAAGGUGAACUCUGGGGCCCCUGCAAAUGUACUUGCCGGAAGCUUGAACGUUCUUCGUGAUACGCUCUUCAGCAACUUCAAGGCACUGGAUGCUAUUCAGCAGGCCUUGAACGAAGGUAAGAUUACUGAUGCUGGAAAUCUUCAGAGUACUAUCGAUACUGUUACCGGCGUGGUAAACAGGUUCUUCAGUAAGUACAAGAGAAUCUCCAAUACGCUCUUCGAAGGUAUGCUUGCCGACGUAUAUGGUGAUGAGGGUAUAACAUUCACUGUAGGUAAGAAUAAGGGUAAGCAUGUGUCAAUCCAUGAGCUUGCUACUCAGGGAGAGACUCACAUGCUCUCAGGGGUAUCUCGUUGGAUCAACUCAAUGGCUGACCAGGAUGACCCCGUUCUCCAGGCUUUUGACAGUGUUGUAAGGAAAGCUAAGUUCCUUGCUCGUCAGUCUCAGAAUGAGUAUGCUCACAGGUUGGCAGAGGCCAUUGAGAAGCUUCAUAAGGAUACAGGGUCUCUGGACCAGACAUUUAUGUUCGAGUAUAAGGAUGGACAUAAGACAGGUAAGUUCCUGUCAGCAAAGGAGGCAGAGAAACUCCCUGAAGCUCAGAAGAAGUUCUAUGACGAGAUGAUGGCUAUCAAGCACGAGGUGGACAAGUUGUUGCCUCAGCAUCGUGUGAAGAAGAAUGGUAUCAUUAUGGUCAGAAAGGAUACUAUGCAGAGGGUUAAGGAUGCCAAUGGUGUCUCGGCUAAGUUCACCGCUUGGAAACAGGGCUUCUGGAACUCUCUGGUAUCUACUGCUGAUGAAGAGUAUGAGAACGAGGGAGUACGUGUUGACUUCGAAGGUAACCGUGUGGACAUGCUUCCUGUCAAGUAUAUCCUGAAGGGCAAGAGUGAGUCUUAUGACGACAUGACAGACGAUGUAGCUUCAGCAAUGAUGGCUUAUGUCGGAAUGGCUACAGAGCACAAUGAGAUGAACAAGGUUAUCAAUACUCUUGAGAAUGCUCGCUUUGCUUCUAUGGAGCGUAAUAUCAACAAGGUUGGAGUAAGAAAGCCUAUGGAGUAUGUAGAGUAUGGAGACACUAAAUACUCUCAGCCUUUCACUAUCAAGCAGGCUAAGACUGCCGUUCAGAUAUGUCUUGAUGAUUUCCUUUCAAUGCACGUUUACGGACAUCUGAGGAAAGAUAGUGUUGUGGAUAUCAGAGGACAUAAGGUAUCAGUCGGUAAGGUAGUAGACAAGAUUAAUAUGGCUACCACUUACUCUCAGAUGGCUCUCAACAUCAAUCAGCGUAUCUCCAACAUCACUACUGGUGCCACUCAGAUCUUCAUUCAGACUGCGGGUAGAGACUACUAUAAUGCAAAGGAUGUCAUCUGGGCAUCUAAGAUUUAUAUGAAAGAGUCUGCUGACCGACUUGCUGAGACGGGCUCUGAUGCUUCUCACAACAAGCUGUCCCUCUUCAACGAGAGGUUUGAUAUUGGUCAGAAGAGGAACGAUGCCUCAUUGAAGAAGAAGUAUGGUAAGUCCAGACUUACGAAGAUCUUCAAUACCAAUCUUCUCUUUGCAGGACUGGAGAUGGGUGAAGACUAUCUCUCCUCAACUACAGGACUUGCCCUGGCUCGCAAUACCAAACUCAAGCUUAAUGGUAAGGAAAUCAAUCUCUAUGAUGCCUACGAGGUAGCGUAUACUGACGAGGCAAACAAGGACGGAGCAUACCUCAGGAUGAAAUCAGGAGUGACUAAGGUGGAUGGUUCAGAGUUCACAAGGGAGGAUGAGCUGAACUUCUCCAAGACUUGUGCAGGUAUAAACUUCAGACUCCAGGGUAUCUACAAUGUAGAUGACAGAGCUGCCAUUCAGCAGUAUCCUGCUGGUGCAUUGGUGAUGAUGUAUCGUAAGUGGAUUGCUCCUUCACUCAAGCGUAGGUACGGAGGUGCAAGGUACAACGAGCUUCUUGGACAGGAAGAGGAAGGAUAUUACGUUACUUUCUUCAACCUUGCAAAGAACAUCAUUACAGGAGGAGAAGCCAAUAUUCACUCCCUGAGAGUGAACUGGGACAACCUUACAGACUAUGAAAAG